CCCAGCAGGAGCUGAGAGGAACCCACCUGGAGCCCCGCGCGGCGCGUGCGGGAGCAGUAAGUGGGCGGGGCCUCAAGGCGCGCGGCGGUGGCAAACUGCGCCCGGCCCGCCAGAAGAGCGCGCGGCGGUCAGAGCGGUCGGACAGCAGGGAGCCAGAGACGGCCCUGCUUGAUGUCCAUCGUGAACAACAGUGAGAAUCACUUUCAUAGUUUCAGUUUUUCAAGUCAGCUGCAUCAUUUGAUGCAUCAUGAUGAAGCGCCGUAGAAAUAUCAGCAGCAGUGACAGUUCAGAGGACAAUCCUUGCACUUCCUCUACUUUUGGCUCAAUGUAUAGGAGCAAGUCAAAAAUGCCAAAUGAACGCAAGAAGCCUGCCGAGGUAUUCCGGAAGGACCUUAUCAGUGCCAUGAAGAUUCCAGACUCGCACCAUAUUAACCCUGACAACUAUUACCUCUUCACGGAUACAUGGAAGGAAGAAUGGGAAAAGGGAGUCCAAGUACCAGCCAAUCCAGACACUCUUCCACAGCCUUCCGUCAGGGUUAUGGCCGACAAGAAAAAAGAGGUCCUGUUUGUCCGGCCCCGGAAAUAUAUCCAGUGCUCCAACCCAGAGACCACAGAGCCUGGCUACAUCAACAUCAUGGAGCUGGCGGCAUCUGUGUGCCGCUAUGACCUAGACGACAUGGACAUCUUCUGGCUCCAGGAACUCAAUGAAGACCUCACAGCAAUGGGUUAUGGGCCAGUUGAUGAGAAUCUUAUGGAAAAGACAGUAGAAGUCCUGGAACGCCAUUGCCAUGAAAAUAUGAACCAUGCUAUUGAGACAGAGGAAGGGCUAGGCAUAGAGUAUGAUGAAGAUGUGAUCUGUGAUGUGUGCCGGUCUCCAGACAGUGAAGAAGGGAAUGAUAUGGUGUUCUGUGAUAAGUGUAACAUCUGUGUGCAUCAGGCCUGCUACGGCAUCCUCAAGGUCCCAGAAGGCAGCUGGCUGUGUCGCUCCUGUGUCCUGGGCAUUUAUCCACAAUGUCUGUUAUGUCCAAAGAAAGGUGGAGCCAUGAAGAGCACCAAAACAGGGACUAAAUGGGCUCAUGUCAGCUGUGCCCUAUGGAUUCCAGAGGUCAGCAUUGCUUGUCCUGAGAGAAUGGAACCAAUCACAAAGAUCUCCCAUAUUCCACCCAGUCGGUGGGCCUUAGUCUGCAGUCUAUGCAAGUUGAAGACAGGUGCUUGUAUACAGUGCUCAAUAAAAAGUUGCAUCACUGCCUUCCAUGUCACCUGUGCCUUUGAGCACAGCCUAGAAAUGAAGACCAUCCUAGAUAAGGGGGAUGAAGUAAAGUUCAAGUCAUACUGCCUCAAGCACAGCCAAAGCAGGCAAAAGCUCAGGGAGUCCGAGUACCCCCUACACAGGGCUUCAGAGCAGAGCCAAGCCAAGAGUGAGAAGACCAGUCUACGGGCACAGAAGCUUCGGGAGCUGGAGGAGGAGUUCUAUUCCAUGGUCAAUGUGGAAGAUGUGGCCACAGAGCUGGGGCUGCCCAUGCUAAUUGUGGACUUCAUCUAUAACUACUGGAAGCUGAAGCGGAAGAGUAACUUCAAUAAGCCAUUAUUUCCUCCAAAAGAGGAAGAAGAAAAUGUCCUGGUACAGCCAAGAGAAGAGAGUAUUCACACUCGCAUGAGAAUGUUUAUGCACCUACGGCAAGACCUAGAGAGGGUCCGAAACCUGUGCUACAUGAUAAGCAGACGAGAAAAAAUAAAGCUGUCAUGCAACAAAUUACAAGAACAGAUCUUUGGUUUGCAAGUCAAGCUGGCUAAUGAGGAAAUUGCUGCAGGACUUCCUGUGACAAAUGCACUAGAAAAUUCAUUGUUUUACCCACCACCAAGAAUUACCUUAAAGUUAAAAAUGCCCAAAUCAGCCACAGAAGAUGGCAGUAACAGCUCCACAGAGCCUGAUCAAGGACCUCUCUAUCCUGAUGACAGCUCCCCUGCUUGUAAUAUGAGGAGCAUGCAGGUGGCUCAAGAUUCACUGGAAAUGAGAAUGAAGUCAUACCCAAAGCAUCCACAAGAGAGCCAGACUGACUGUUUACUGACCAAUCCCAGUGAUGAUAGAAGUGAAGCAGAGGAUCCCAGUCCUGCUUGCAAACCUCCAUCCCCUAAGUUCUAUCAUGGGCAGUCUCUGGGAAAGCCUCUGGUCCUUCAGGCUGCCCUGCAUGGACAGUCUUCCAUUGGGAAUGGGAAAAAUCAACCUAACCCCAAGUUUGCCAAAUCCAAUGGCCUAGAGGGUACCUGGUCUGGGGAUGUCACCCAAAAAGACAGCUCAGGUGAGAUGUUCUCUGACCAGGAGCCCAUGCUCAGCUCCCACUUGGGUAGUCAGGGCAGCCUUAGAAAAUCUACUGUGGAGCACACUAGCAGGUCCUUUAAGGAGGCCACCAAUAAGUGGGUGAAGAUCACAGAGAACCUCCAGCACUGUGUGAAGGCAGCCAAGAAUAUUAACCCCAAAGAGCAGCUCUGGGGCAAGCAGCUUGUUAGGCGGUCUGCAGGGAGAGCUCCAUAUCAGGAGAAUGAUGGGUAUUGCCCAGAUGUGGAGCUGAGUGAUUCAGAAGCAGAAAGUGAUGGUAAUGAUGAAAAAGUCAGGGUAAAGAAAGAGAGUUCUGAUGGGGAAAACCCUCCCCAUGAUUCCAAACGAGAUUGCCAUGGUAAAAGCAAGACAUAUCCUCUUUCCCACAGUUCAAUGCAGAGGUGAUUAGAAAUUCCAAGAAAACCUCCAUCUUUGCCUUUGCCUCAUAUAUUGGGGAAAACUCAUACACCAAAAUGACUCUAGUAUAUGUUGGGAGAAAUACUAAUAAAAUGGAAUAAAUUUUUCCACACUAAAUUGGCUUGCAGUUUUUGAACUGGUAUCGAGUCUAGUUUUUACAAGCACAUUAUAGGGAUUACAUACUGUCCAAAAGUUUGGGUGGUUGUGUUUUUUUUUGCCAGAAGCUAGUGAGAACAGCUGGGACCAGAGUAAUUUGCUCCAUAAAUACUUUGGGGCAGCAUUCCAAUUAUAUUAACACAUUGAUAUACAUACAUAUUAAGAGUCCAUGCAUUGUUAAUGGAUUUGCAAGAGACCAUGAUUAUCAGACACUAAAACUACUUAUCUUUCGAAGCUACAGCAUGUGACUCCCAGACCUGGUGUCUGUAGGAAGUUUCUAACUCCACUGGUACCUGGAAACACUCUUCAGGGAGAGACCAGGGACCAAUAUUUCAGAUACUGUCAAAUUCACUACCCUCUUCCUUGGCUCUGCACAAGGUUGAGUUCCUUUCACAGUAUCUUAACUUACCAAGUCAAUACACCUAAUGCUUAUAAGUGUUCAGUGCCUGUUCCUAGACUUGCUUGUUGGGGACACACUCGUAACUAUUUCACCCAGCUAACAAGCAUAAAAAGCUAACUUGUGGAUAGUGUUUACAAAAGUACUACUUCCAAGGAAAAUGCUCUGAUUCUCUCAGUUUAGGCGCUUGUGAAGGAUCCCAGAGCCUUUCCCAAAGUGAGAACAUUUCUGAGGGAUUUGUAUCAGGUCAGGGUUUUUGUGUUAACUGUUUUCAAAUAAGUUUGGCUUAAAUAAGUUUGGCUGAUAGUUUUUGUAUGCCUGCUUUAAUGUUUAUAAAAAUUUUAUUGAGGUAUAAUUAAAAGAUAAUAAAGUGCAGAGAAGUUAAAUAUUCUUAUCUGCUUUAAUUUUGAAACAGAUUUUUAUUGUCAAACAGAAUUUGAAAGCAUGUGUUUAAAAACACAUGGAUAUAAUUUAGCUUUGUACCAACUGUGAGUUCAAGGCAAUUUCCAAAACAAAAAGGCUGGAGCUGUUUUUCAGAAGUUGCUCAUACUCUGUUCCCAAACUAUCAGCCUUGAUUAAUUCUGGGGAAGAAGAGAAUAGUUAGGUUUGUGGAGGAUAAAACAUACCUGCUUCCCAUUUAAAGAAGAGGAAAAUGUUACAGUUUUUAAAAUGUGAAGCCAACUAUAUAUAAUUCUCUGCUCACUUUUCUUAGCCUUAAAUUAAUGUUCUCUUUCUUCUAUUUUGGGAACAUGUAGUGAGACUUUUCAGACGAUGAGGCCAUUUUAGAUUUUUAAAGUUGCUUCCUGGUGAAAUAUCCCAGCUGCAGUAAAGGCAGGGGCCCUUCUCUCCAUAAAUAUGGGAAACUCAGUAGUUUUCAAAACCUCUGUCCCACUUUUGUUUCUGUAGCCGUCUUUGGUUUUAUUUCUUCCUCCUUUUCUGAAAAUUUCUGUAUUUUGCCUCUCCUUUGGCUACACCUUCAAAAUGUUUCUUUUGUGCCUGUGUAUAUGUGUGAACAUACCAUAGCAUGUGUGAUCAGUGUCCUGUAUUUCAUUUGAAUACAAAGGAAAAGGCUAUGGAUUAUCCAAAUGAGGAAGAGAAUUUCUCCAAUUUAUGCACUAGGUUUCUGUACUUGUUCUUUGCAUUUCCUGGGUUAGAUAAUAAUUUGACACCUUCAUGGUAAUGCCAUUCUAGUGGAGCUAUGUUAUAAACUCCUCUGUUAAAGGCCAGUACAGUAACCUGUGUCCUUUCAUGCCUUUCAAUUCUGAGUGAGUGGGAAGAAAAGCAAACAUUGAAAAAAGUGCUUCAGCCAAAUUCCAUAUAUGUAAUGCCAUUGGGAUAGUAUUGACAAAAAUAAUUUCAGUCAGGGAAAUAUAGUUGUAAUAUUUUUACAGAAUUUUCCUAAAUAAAUGAAGGAGCCUUCAGCUGUAUACAUUUCAACUGCCCCAAAAUGUAUUUGCUACAUUUUGCUGUUGUUUGAAGUAUUACCUCUUAACCUUCUUGUUAAAUCUUUUUCAUUUUGUCUUAUAUAGUCCAGUUUUCAAAGACAAACUGUCUUUUUUCAAAUGUCACCUUUUUACCAAUACUUUUUCAUUAAAUUAUGAAAACUGCUAA